AAAUAUAAUUUCAAAUCAUAUAAUAUUUAAUUUGUUUCUUAUUAUUGAAUGGCUGUUUGGGAUGAAUUCGAUGUUAAAUAAAAAAUUUGAAUAUAAACAUAGUUUCUCAAGACCUAUAUUAAUAGGCCCAGAUAAUAAAAUGUUUUUAUGGAAUAUAGGAGGAAAUGCAAUUAUUUCCCAGGAUGGUUUACGAUUAGCACCUUCUUUAAAUAGCCAAAAAGGAUGGGCAUGGAAUAAAUUGCCAUGGAAUCAUCAAGAUUUUGAAGUAAUAGCUAGCGUUAAAAUAGCUGGACAUGGCAAAUUAGGAGCUGAUGGAUUGGCUAUAUGGUUUAAUGCAACUAAUCAAGGAGGUGAGGGAUCAACAUUUGGUAGUUUAGAUUUGUGGAAUGGACUAGGAAUAUUUUUGGAUUCAUAUGAUAAUGAUCAUUUGGGUGAUAAUCCUUACAUUGGAGUAAUGGUAAACAAUGGUACACAAAUUUUUGACCAAUCUCAAGAUGGAAAACACCAACUAAAUGGUGGAUGUGUGGCACAUUUUAGAAAUCAACCUUUGCCAACUUUUUUAAACAUUUCGUAUUAUCAAAAAACGCUUGUAGUAUCACACGGAAUAGGAGCCAAUUUAAAGAGCGUUUUGUUUAUGGAAUGCUUCAGAGGUGACGAUAUUGAAUUGCCUUCACCAGGUUAUUUUGGUCUUUCCGCAGCUACAGGGGGGUUAGCAGAUGACCAUGAUGUUUACAUGUUUUCCGUAUAUUCUUUGACACUCCAAUCCGAGCAUGAGCACUCUCAGAUUUCUACAGCCCCACCCGAUAAAAUAGAUGACGAGUUCAAAGAAUUUUACGAAAAGUUGAACAAGCAGAAGGAAGAAUACAUCAAAGAACAUCCCGAUAGGGAGAGACAACCUUGGGAGUCUGAAGAAGACUGGAUGGAUACCUUAGAAGGCAAAGAAUUGAGACUCAUAUUGGAAGGACAAAAUAGAAUAGAACAUCUUUUAAAUUCGUUGACCUCCAAUAUUGAUCACUUGUCAAAUACAGCAGGACAUAAAAUCGAAGGCCAGGCAAAUUAUUUACCACAUUUACAAGAAUAUUCGAAACAAAUCAGCGAUUUAAAAUUUUCUUUCGAUGCUUUAAACAAACAAAUGAUAAACAUAAAAAAUGCACCACCAUCUUCAUACUCCGAUAAAGAAAUCAAGGAAGAAAUUAACCACAUGAAAGAGGCUUUGUACCGUUUGGUCAAAAAAACGAGAGACUAUUCUAAACCUGUUAAUUGCUUGACACCAAUUCAUUUCGUUAUUUUUGCGGUAUUACAAAUUUGUAUUUUGACAGGAUACAUCAUUUACAAAUCUCACAAUGAUCAAAAAUCGAAAAAAUUGUUUUAAGUCUUACUAUUUAUACUAUUCGAACAGUUAAGACAACUGAAAUUAAAUACUAUGCGCCAUAAAAUUAAAUUUCUUUCAUUAUUUAAGAUAAUAAUCAUCAUAAGAUCCAUCAUUUUGUUUGUAUAUCGCGCUAAAUUAAAUAUUUUUAUAUUAUGGAAUAUUUUUCCUUUUUAUCUUCUCACUUUCUUUAAAAUUUUAUUUUUAAUUGCAUAUUCAUUAAAAAUGUUUUUUUAACACUUUUUAAUGGCUAAUUCAAAUAUUAUGUGAAAAUAUUAGAUUUUUUUGUAACAUACCAACUCCCCAAUGCCUAUGUAUGAUAUAUUUGUAUUGUGAUAAUAUUUUUAAUUUUAUCUAAUUAUUGGGUAU